AUGAUACCUGUCUACGCCCGCUCACAGUCAGAUUGCUCCCCCUCUGUUGGGUCUUGCACGGUUGCAAAUUUGCAAUUGCAGGUGGUGUCGUCUGUUGUGGCUCUUGGCGGUGGCGUGCAAGGAUAUUUUUUGAAGAGACACCCGAAAGAUGUGUUUGUUUCUUCAUUUUACUUCCUGAAUAGAAUGGCAGACAAUAAUGUUGAACAUCUUUCCGUGGAAGAGGCUUUUGAGCAGUUCUGCAAAGGAGUUUCUUUUUAUGGACCCUUCUGGGAUCAUGUAUUAGGGUAUUGGAAGGCAAGCCUAGAGUGGCCAGAGAGAGUCCUGUUUAUGAAGUAUGAGGAUAUGAAGAAGGAUUCACCAUUUCAUCUCAAGAGGCUAGCAGAGUUUAUGGGCUGCCCCUUCUCUUCAGAAGAAGAAAGGCAAGGCGUGGUGCAUGAAAUUCUAAAGCUUUGCAGCUUUGAGAAUCUAAGCAACCUGAAAGUGAAUAAUACAGGAACAUUCCAGCUAGGCAAACGUAAGAUUGGCAAGCAUAUAUUCUUCAGGCAAGGUAAGGUUGGGGAUUGGAGGAAUCAUCUCACAAAUGACAUGGUGGAUCGCCUUAACAAGAUCGUAGAGCAAAAGCUGUCUGGUUCUGGUUUGACAUUUCAUGACUCUGUGGAGAGAUGAUCUGCUGUUCCAUUUAUAUAGCUCUAGAUUAACUUGUGUUUUGAUUAGAUUUGUUUUAAUUAAUUUUAAGUAAGAUCUGUAAGCUGUCCAGAUUAAAUCUUCAAUGUUUUAUGGAGACUGUAACAUGCUUGCAACCUCGAGUAUUCUCGGUGGUAGUAGCAAUGGGUGAAUCUAAUAAUUAAUUUA